AUGGAACAUGGAAGCAAUGAUAAAAAACGUCAAAAUUUGGUGGUGUCAUUCACAAACGACUUUUCAAAUCUUGUUUCAAUUAACUCUUCAACAUAUUCAGCUAUACCACAGGUUAUUCAUCAUACAUCUCAUCCACCACUGAUUAUAAAUGAACGUGUACAAAAUAUUCUUGCUUAUCAUCGCAAACUACUAAGUCUAUUUCCUAACGUCUCUUCACAUAUUGAUUGGCACGUUACAUUAUCAUCUACGUCCAAUAAUAUUUUUAGUUCAAAAUCUUCAAAUGUUCUUGAUGUAAAUAUCAAUAAUGUUCAACAGCAUAUGAUCCCAUUUGAUUCAGAAGAUUUAGAUGAUAAUGAUGUUGAUUGGCAAUCAAUAAUUUCUGAAGGAGAACAAAAUAUUGAUGAAUUAUCUGACAACAGCAACGAGGUGCAGUCAGAUCAAAAUUUUUGUAGUUAUAAGAAAGGUCAAUCAUCAUCACCAUCAUCAUCAUCAAACAGCUGCAGUACAAGUUCUGAAGAUGAGGAAGAGGAAACUAGCUUGAAUCAUUCUCGUACACACACUACUCUGGAAAUAGCAGUUCUUCUUUCAUUAUUUCGACAUCAUCAUCAACUAUCCAAAUCGUCCAUCACAGAUAUUUGUCGUUUAUUACAUCUACUUGGUGUAAAAAAUGUUCCAGCUGAUUACAGAUCGAUAUAUCGAUUAGUAAACCCACUUGGUAUAUUAAAAUUUCUACUAAAACUUGCGGUUGUCUGUCCAACAUGUUACAGACUUAAUAUGGAUACAGAAAAAUGUCCAGUUUCAAGCUGUACUAGCCAUCCUGGAUAUGUUCGAGCACCAACUGUUAACUAUAUGUUCACACUUAGUGAGCAAAUCAAAUCCAUUUUAGAACGUAUACCGUUGAUACACACAGGAACAAACGAUGGUGAUAUGACUGAUGUUGUAGAUGGACUUGCACAUUCAAGUAUUCGUGAAAUGGAACAACCCCUCUUCAUCACUUUAACUCUCAAUUCUGAUGGUGCUUUGGUUCAGAAAAUUCCACGUUCAUUAUGGAUAACUAUGAUUGUAAUUAAUGAAGUUCCACGUGAUUUUCGUUUUCAAUUACCUAAUAUGAUUAUUGGAAUGAUUUCUUAUGGUUCACAAAAACCCAAACGAGCUGAGUUUCAGCCAUUGUUAGAUAUUCUAGUUGAUCAAUUAAUUGAAUUCGAAGAUAGUAUUGAUGUAUGUUUACCAUCACCAAAUGAUACUCGUUCUUCAUCAAGUCUUAUUGUUAGUCGUGUUGCGGUGUAUUUACUUGGAAUUGUUUCAGAUAAACCAGCUCAAUCCAUCAUCCAGAAUAUGAUUGAUAUUGGGGGUUUUUAUGGGUGUGCUAAAUGCCAAGUAGUUGGCAAAAGUGUUCCUGCAGGAAAAGGACACAUUCGUUGUUUUCCACUUGAUCAAAUAAAUCCACCUCAUCUUCGUUCGAAUCACACCUACGAUGCAGCUAUGAAAGUUUUAGAAAAAAAUAAAAAACAACGUGCACGUCGUAAUUCGUUAACAGGUGCUAACAAUGACGAAGCCAACGGACAUUUUGGUCCGUGUGCAUUGAGAAGACUUCGUCUUUUUAAUAUGGGACAAUCAUUUUUAACAGAUUCUUUACACAACUUAUAUUCUGGAAUAUUUCUCAAACUACUUAAAAUUUGGCUAGAAUUACCAUCUGAUAGAAAAAAUACAACAAUUAGUAUAAGUGCACUUGUUCCAACAGUUCGUGAUCCAAGUCAACCAUCAAGUGAAAUUUGUUAUAAUCUUGAGCUACUUCAUCAUAGUUGGCUUGAAUUUGAGAAAAAGAAUUUCUUACCUUCAUUUAAGCUCUUCAUUAAUCAAAUAAAUUCCUCUGCGAAGCCAACACGUCCACGUUCUACCAACAACUACUUAUCUCCAGAUAUUCAUUUUCAUCAUCGCAUUCAACCAUUUUCUAUCAUUGAUUCAUAUAUUAAAAACCGGCAAUACGAAUUAUAUCGGACAAUCUUUUACAAUGGACUGCGAUUAUCUCACAAAAAACUUCCAACUACCAGUCGAACACAUGAUGGAUGCCUCCUUUAUCAUGAUUCAGAUGAUACAACCAAGCUGCGAAUAGGUUUUCUUCGUUGUGCAAUAAAACUAAUCGAUAUUAAACAAAAUAAUGUUAUGCUGUUUAUCGAACAAGCUAAGAUACUAUCGGUUGCUGAUACUCUAUGUAUUAAUGAUAUACAGUAUGAAUGUACCAAUGUGUUACAAGGCUAUCUCUGCUCAGUACCUCAAUUUGUCUUAGUCAAACCUCAGCAAAUCAAAGAAAAACUUGCUUUUCGUGUUCAUGAAGCAUUAACACCAAACAAAUUUGUCUUUUCUCGAUAUCCAAAUUUUUCUGAGAGCACAUGA